UUUAGUUCGCCAAGAGAUUUCUGGGAACACAUCGCUUAUAAAGAUGGUUUAUUUUUUGGUAAUUUGCACCAUUUAAGUUUAUUAUCCGGAAAUUCAAAAUUAAGUAUAAAUCCGAGUAAAAAAAUAGGUAAAAAAUGUCGAAUAAUGGAGUAUAUGACAGUAUUGAUGAAAACUUAAGUGAAUUGAGAAAAUCUAAAAAAGUGUCAGAUUCAAGACACAGAAGUCGGUCAAGAAGCCGAGAUAAAGAACGAAGAUCUAAAAGUUCUCCCAGAAGUCGUGAUAGGAGGCGUAGGAAAAGUCGUUCUAAAAGUAAUGAUCGCAGGAGUAGUCAUUCAGUACCAAAGUCAAAGAGGAAUACACUCUGGGAUGUUCCCCCUAAAGGUUAUGAGGAUAUUACACCAGUCCAGUUUAAAGCUUUAAGAGCUGCAGGUAAAGUUGAAGUAGCUAAUCAAGUUUGUGGAAGUGCUGUGCCAGCUGUCUCCUUGCCACAAGGGGCGCAGACAACUUGGCAAGCACGUCGAAUUUAUCUUGGAAAUAUACCAUUUGGAAUAUCUGAGGAUUUAAUGGUUGACUUUUUCAAUGCUAAAAUGAGAGAAUCUGACAUAGCACGACAGCCAGGAAAUCCAGUUUUAGCUUGUCAAAUUAACCUGGAAAAAAAUUUUGCAUUUUUGGAGUUUCGCUCAGUUGAAGAAACAACACUUGCUAUGGCUUUUGAUGGAAUAAUGUUACAGGGUCAAGCAUUGAAAAUUCGAAGACCAAAAGAUUACCAACCCAUUCCAGGGAUAUCUGAAAUGCAAGCUACUCAUAUACCAGGAGUUGUUUCGACUGUUGUAUCUGAUACUAUAAAUAAAGUAUUUGUUGGUGGUCUACCAAACUACUUAAAUGAAGACCAGGUAAAAGAGUUGCUGUCAACAUUUGGAGAUUUGCGAUCAUUUAAUUUAGUCAAAGAUUCAGCUACAGGUCUAUCUAAAGGUUAUGCAUUCUGUGAAUAUGUGGAUAUUGGGAUUACUGAUGUGGCUAUUGCUGGUAUGAAUGGAAUGCAAUUAGGAGAUAAAAAAUUGGUUGUACAAAGAGCUAGUGUUGGUUCUAAAACUAUGACUGCCCAGCUAAACAUUCCUGGUUUUGACUUGAGCAAAGAAAUUACAGCAACAAAUAUUCUAUGUCUUAUGAAUAUGGUAGUAGCUGAUGAAUUAAUUGACGACGAAGAUUACGAUGAAAUCUUUGAGGAUAUUCGCGAAGAAUGUUCGAAGUAUGGACGUAUACGUAGUAUGCAAAUACCACGACCUAACCACGAAUUUCUUGUCUCUGGGGUUGGAAAGGUUUUUAUUGAAUAUGCGACAUCUGAAGAAUCAAAAAUUGCAAGUGAAGCACUUGCCGGAAGAAAGUUUGCUAAUAGGGUUGUUGUUACUGCGUAUUACGAUCCGGACGCAUAUCAUCAACACGACUUUUCUUAAGAUUAGUGCGCAAUAUCUGAGGUCUAUAUUAUAAAGCGCCUUUUCAGCGCAAAAUUUGUGACUAAAUUACCAGUACGCUGUCCAAAUCUGCUGGUGCAAUGGUAUCAAUUUCGCUCACCAAAUGAGUUAAUAAGCUCAAACAAAUACUGCUGUUCCCUAAAAAGCAUGUAUAUGUAUAUUUUUAGAUAGUAAAGGUCUCUACCUUUCUAAAUUAA